AUGGCUCUCUCUCCUCCCGACAUCCAUGUCACCCGAUGGUGGUCCAAUCAACCUCCAGUCGAUGGCUACUGGGGUCCCUCAACCUCUUCAAUUGAUUGGUGUGAAGCUAAUUAUGCCAUCACCAGAUUCAUUGCUGAAUUUACAAACACACUCUCCAACCUGGUCUUUGUUUCUUGGGCCCUUUAUGGAGUGAAAAAAUGUAGGGAUGAGAAGUUGCCUUUGCCAUUGGCACUAUGUCAAGUAGGAAUAGCAUUAGUAGGCAUCGGAAGUUUCUUGUUUCAUGCGACACUACGAUACGAAUGGCAACUAGGAGACGAGCUGCCGAUGAUCUUCUGUUGUGCCUUCAUUACCUAUGUGGCCUUCGAUACCGGCAGUGCCAGUCUUCCCCGGACCCGCUUCGUUCGCAGCCUGCCCUACCUGCUCUCGCUCUACUCCAUCGGCGUCUCGGCGAUCUACUUACGAUACCCUAACCCCGUCUUCCAUCAAGUCGCUUAUGGUACCAUCCAACUACUGGCUACGUUUCGCUCCGCUUAUACCGUUCGAGCGGCCCCUGAAGGAACGUAUCGUGAACAGAAGAACAAGGCCGAUGCGACCCGCUAUCUAUUAAUCGGAUCUGUCACUUUUGUCACCGGCUUCUUGAUCUGGAACAUCGACAACUUAUUUUGUGAUCGGAUCUCUCAUCUGAAAGAGUACUUGGGUACUCCGUGGUCAUUCGUCUUGGAAGGACAUGCCUGGUGGCAUCUAGCCACUGGUACAGGCUCAUACCUAAUUGUUGUGGGAUUGCAACUGGUAUCAUUGAGCUUGAAGGAGGGCGCAGAUGGAUUCGAGAUCAAGCGGGGUGGGAUCCUCGGUCUCUGUCCUUACGUCGCCCGAAUCCCGAUCAAGAUCGACCCCAAACUCCAUUAA